AUGACGGACCCCAAAGCAACGAUUGGCAAGUGGAAGGAUGUCCUGGAGAACCGCAAAGCCGACGACAAAGAUGAACUCCUAGUCGCGGUGGCGGAUGGAGAACUGCCCGAGAUUGAGAGACUCUUCGCGGAGUUGAAGGCCGAUCGCAGUGCCGAGGCUUUGAUUGCAGCAGUCCGAAUGGAGGCCACGACUGAGGUCGUUUCGCUGUUGCUGGAGCAGAGAGCUUCGCCCUCUCUGUCGGACAGGCAUGGAUGGACGCCGCUCGUGGUGGCCGCGGCAAAGGGCAAUCCGGACCUCGUUCGUUGUCUGCUGGAUCAUCGGGCGCAGGCACAUUCAGAUCCCGAGACCGGUGAGGGUGAGAAGAGAGUCGUGACACCCUUGCACGCAGCUGCCAGCUUUGCAAGCCUCAAGACGCCCGUCAAGACGGACAAGGAAAAAGGUGAGACGAUAGCCUACCACUUUGCCUACAACUUUGUGCGAGUGGCCAGCAUACUGUUGCAGAAUCGUGCCGAUCCAAACGUGGAGUUGCAGUGGGAGGGCCAUCGAUCCACAUGCCUUCUUGCAGCUGCCAGCUCCGAGGCACCGUACAGUUAUGCCCUGGACAUGAUACAUCUCCUACUGAUGCAACGAGCAGACCCAAAGAUCACAAUAGAAGAUCGCACGGUGCUGUCGGUGGCUGCCGAAGGACGAGCCGAAUACUUGCUGGAAGACCUGCUGCGUGGCGAGGGGGAGGAGUACACUGACCUGGUGCAGAGUCUGCUGCAAGAGGUCAAACCUGCACAAGGCUACACCCGCCAGCCGCAGAGAUUGCAGGAGCCCGUGCGCACCAUUCUUGGGCGGGGGAACAUUGAGCAGGUUCAGAAGAAGCAAUGGAGCGAGCGCGGCUGUGACUGGGAUUUGGAAUUGCAGAACUUGCGCUAUGCGCCGACAGUCCAAGUGUCGUUACGAUCUCUUCGCAUCCGUGCGUCUGUGGCAUGCGACCCCCGAGUGCUGAACGCUGUGGCGCAGGCUGCUAACGACGAAACCUUGGCCAGUGAUACCGUGGAGGUCAUCACUACUGCGGCAUGGCUGCAGUGGCGCGCGGUCACCGCCAUAGACGUCUGUCUGGAUGCUGUGGCGAUUGCUUGCCUGUGUAGCGUCACCAUCUCCUGCCGUGCUGGUGGUGAUAUGAAAGCUCGGCUUUCAUUCGCUGUUCUGAUCCUCAUUCAGGUGAAAGAGGCUACUGAAUGGAUCGUGCACUUCUUCUACUUGUCUAGAGGAGUCUUCGGUUUGUUGCUCAAACAGUAUGUCUUCUUUGAACCAGUCAAGGGCGAAGACUGGCAUGAAAGCGUGUCUGGGCAGGGUGCAGGAGUUCUGGAAACCUUUGCUGAUUUGCUCUUUCUGGUCGUGGGUUGUGCCGCCAUUGCAAGUCAGAUGGAGCUCUGCAAUGAGGAGCGGAUGGACAAGGUGUGGAUGCCAUGGUUUUGCUCGAUGUAUUGGCUACGAUUUGUUUACAGUUUACGCGGGGAGCGAUGGCUGGGAAUAUAUCUUCUCCCAAUUCUGUCCGCGGUGCGAGAUACCUGGGCCUUCUUCUUCGUCACCUUCCUUUGCGUCGGAGGCGCUACCCACGCCUACAUUAUCUUGGACCCUCGAGGAGGAGACCCCCUCCCGAUCUACUCUGCGCUUACCCACACGGUGCGCCUCGCCAUCUUCGGAGACUUCGACCUCUUCGAGUACCAGGGCCAGGACACCACCUUUGAACUGAACACGGAGUCCAACGAGUGGCAGCCCAAAGAUCCAAGCCCCCGUGACCUGGGCUCAGAUGGCUCAGAUUGGAUUUGGAGCUACGCCUACCUUCAGCUCUCCUUCUUCAUCACCGGGAUUGGCAUCACGGUGCUGCUCAUGAACCUCUUAAUCGGCAUUUUGGGGCAUAACUACGAUGCACACCAGGACCGCGCGCAGGUCCUCCUCGUCCAAGCCCGGGCCCGCAUGUUGCAGGAGCAGCAGCGCAGGCCCUGGAGUAGGGCCUUCACUUGGCUGAAAGGACGCCUGAAGCCUGAAGAAACGAGUCCCGACACGGACAGGCUUGCCAAGAUGACGACCAAGGAGUUGGAACAUGAAUUCUUUAACCCUGCACGCUUGCCACGGCAGUACCGUUACCCUGCUAUUGUGGGCAUCGUCUUGCUGAGUUCUCUUCGGACGAUCAUGGGCAAAGACGUCUUUGAUCAUUUUCUCGCAGGUGCAGUGUACCGGCCCGUGGUACAGAACCGCAGCCUGGCCUUUGUCAUCUUGAUCCUGUGCCCACUGCUCUUGGUUCUGUCCCUCGUCAUUUGGGUGACCUUCUGGCCGCUCUGCCUGCUAUUCCGGAUCCAAGGCGUGCGCUAUGAGCUCAACCUCGCUGUCUUCGGUAUCUUUCACACGAACUUCGCUUCAGAGUGCCACAUCCUGGCACUCGUUCGGAGGGAGGAUGGAAAGACCGACCUAAAGGAACGGAUCGAGAAGCUGGAGGACCUCGUCAAGGCCUGCAGCGUGACGUUGUGA